GUCAGUCUAGAGAGAGCUCCCUUUUCUUGCUUUGCUGAUACUACAAGUGACAAUGUUACGAUAGAGUACUACAUUCAUGAUGUAGGUUUUUUUCCCCCUAAAAGCUCUAAAGUCUGACUGUAGGACAGUUUUCUCAGCAGUGAAUCGACGUUUAAAUGUGUUUAAAUGGCUGGGUUCAAAUCUGCUGUUGAAGGAGCUUAAACAAAAAUUAAGAUGAAACAUCGGCCUGGCAAAAAAGGAAAAACAGCAAAAACGGACAGGAAAGAAGAGGCACCAGAGCUAAAGUUACAACGGAAAGAAAGCAUCAGUCUCAACAAGGUGUUUAAUUUUAUACCUAGACCAGCACAAGCAUUUGUGGACGCUUAUAUUGGCAGAAACAAGCCCUCGAACCAGACUUCGAUGUAUCAAAACGAGGAGGGGCUUUUUCAAACUGUUUAAAUAUUAUUUGGGGCUACUUUUUUUUUUUUUUUUUUUUUUUUUUUUUUUUUUUUUUUUUAAGAACCACAGCAUUAACUAACUUUGAUUUCAAAUCACUGGGACUUCAUUUAUGAGCUGAAGAAAAAAAAAAAAAAAAACUUUAAGGACAAAAAAAAAAAAUCAUUGGGUUUCAGACAUUAAUAUUUGAAAUAUGCCAAUCAUGUAAUGAAAACAAUAGACUAAACCUGGUUCUAGAUUUAGCCUGGCACCAUUGCAGACAUUUUAAUAAGAGCCUUAAAAAUCUGAAAGAGACUUGGUCGUGGGUGGAUAUCAGUCCUAAGUUAUCUCAUUACUCAGAGUAUUACUCUGUACUUCAGUGAUUGGGUCAUGGUGGAGGAAUAACACAGCAGAUAAAUAAAUAAGUUGGAGCAAAAUGACUUUCAAUCAGACCUGUUUGUUCGGGCAGAUAGAUGAUCUGCAGGACCUCGCGCUCAUUGAAAGACCAAUACGACGAAGUCUGACGACUGCAGAAGAGAUAGAAAAACUGACUGUGGAUGAAGGUCUUAAUGAUAUUGAAAGAGCUGUUUAUCUUCUCAGCUCAGGUCAAGAUGUACAGAGAGCAAGUGUGGUCGUGAAUCUCCCAAACCUGGUUCGACAGAAUCCAGCAGAGACAUUUCGAAGGGUGGUGCCAAAAGUCAGAGAGGUUUUACAUGUUGCAGGGGUGGAGAUGCAAUUAGCGGCUGCUGCCUCCUUUCUAACCAUCCUGCAAGAUGAGCUCAUAUUGAUCCAAACUCACACCCACUCAAUUUUGCAGAUUAUACUGCUAAACCUAUAUCACAGGGAUGCAGCAGUGGUCAGCACUGCUUGGCUAGAAACCCUAUUGUCAGCAAUUGAUGUCUUGCCAAAGGAAACCAUUAGGCAAGAGAUCUUAAACCCGCUGGUACCAAAAGCGCAGCUUUCUCAGUCGCUUCAGUCUCGUUUGGCCAGCUGCAGAGUACUUGGAAAAGUUGCUGGGAAAUUUGAAUCUCAUAUAGUGAAAAAAGAUGUACUUCCUCUAGUCAGGUCCCUUUGUCAAGAUGUAGAAUAUGAAGUCCGUUCCUGCAUGUGUCGGCAGCUGGAGUGCAUAGCAAAGGGAAUAGGGGCUGAACACACUAAGGCAGUGAUCCUACCUGAGUUAGUAGAGUUAGCUAGAGAUGAAGGCAGCAGUGUGCGACUAGCUGCAUUUGACACAAUAGUUAAUCUUUUGGAAAUGUUUGACAAUGAUGACAGGACUUGCAUUGUAUUUCCAUUAGUGAAGACAUUCUGUGAAAAAUGUUUCAAAGCAGAUGAAGCUGUGCUGGCUUCUCUAACCUUUCAGUAUGGAAAGGUCUGUCAUGGCCUCUCAGGGAGUUUUACUGAGGAUCAACAUGUAUGGUUUUUGGAAUUCUACAAGAAGCUUUGUGUAUUGGGCCUUCAGCACGAGAAUGGUCACAGUGAGACCUAUUCCCUUGAACUGGAAAAGAAAUAUGAAUCGGUUAGAAAAAACUGUGCCUAUAAUUUUCCGGCCAUGGUAUUGUUUGCUGAACCCAAAAACUUCCUUUCAGAGCUUUAUCCUACCUUUUCAAGCUUGUGUCAUGACCCUGAGAUUGCAGUCAGGCGCACUACAGCUAAUGGCUUCCAUGAAGUUAUUAAAUUGUUAGGCUCCAGUGUUCAUUUAAUACAGAAAGAACUGAUAGCAUUGUUACAAGACGAUUCAUUAGAGGUAUUAGAUGCACUAAUGGAUAAUCUCCCGGAAAUCCUAGAACUUGUAACAUCAAAAGGAGAGGGUGCUGGGUCUGAAAGUAAGCAAGUCAAUGUCCCAGAUCUCAUCCCUGCACUAAAUGCAGCUGAGCAGAAAGCUGCCACCUCUCUAAAAUGGAGAAUCCAUGAGAAGUUGCUACAGAAGUAUUCCUGUCUGCCUCGAGUCAUAUCGAGUGACCAGAUCUACUUCAGGUUCUUGCAAAGGAUGUUUACAAUAAUUACAACCAACAAUGUUCUUCCUGUGCAAAGACAGUCUGCCAGAACGCUGUGUGUCUUCCUGCGCUACAAUCGCAAACAGGAGCAGAGACAGGAGGUAAUCAAUAAACUGGUUGACCAACUAGGGCAGGGUAGAAGUUACUGGAACAGACUGCGGUUCCUCGACAUUUGUGAAAUUGUAAUAGAGCUUUUUUCAAAGUCAUACUUCUGUAAAUACUUCCUUGUUCCUGCUCUGGAGCUUGUAAAUGAUCCUGUUGCAAAUGUAAGGUUUAAGCUGUGUAACAUGCUGCCAAAAUUGAAGUCGGUCAUCAAACUGCCUACAGAUAAACACCUGCUUCAGCAGUUGGAGUUCUGUGUGAGGAAACUCCUUUGUCGUGAGAAAGACAAGGACGUGAUGGCUAUAGUCAGAAAAACCGUGUUGGAGUUGGACAAAAUGGAUAUCACAGAACCAUAUCAAAAACGACAUGAAAAAGACCAGCUAGAUCAGAAGAAAGAGAAAGAGGAGAAUCUUCUGGUAGAGAUGGAGCAGCUGGAAAAGCAACAAACUGAAGGAAAGUCGAGCAGUGAAAAACUUGGUGAGAGGAAACGUAAAGAAGUAAAGAAGUCUAAACUGAGUCGCAGCAGAUCCCUCAGCUGCAAUCCUUCCCCUCCUAAGCUGAGUGCAGCUGAAAAAUCUUUGAAAUCAACAUCUAGCACCAGCCCUGUAACAUCAAAGAGCUCUCUGCAGCACAUCAGUGAUGACUUGCUCAGAAGCCAUCAUUUCAGUGUGGCAUCCACGUCGACUGCACCUUCAGCCUCAGUGCCAGUGUUAAUCCGCAGCAACACAGUCGGCAAUGGGAACAAAGACACGAGGAAGAUAAAUAUAAGAUCAAAAAGGACUAACCCUUAGAGAUUUAAUAGCAAGGGAAGGUCCAGGACUCCAGAACAAGCCAGCACAACUUCCUACAGAUCUUAACAAUCAAGAGAAUUGCACAACAAAUGCAGAGGAUCUCAAAGAACUGAUUGCUUGACACAAGGUUUUAUUGAAACAAAAGGAACAAAAAAAAAACACUGGAUCUUUAAUACACAGUUGUCAAGGAAACAAUAUAUUUGUUAUAUUUAUUUUCCAGCUAAGGAAUAAUGAGAUUAUCUACAUUCUUCUUCAUUUAGUCAGUGUGUUUUUAACAAACAAUAGUGUUUCUCUAUCCUGGCUUCAAAAUGUCAGGAUCCUGUUUUGUCAAUGUUAUUGACGUUAUUCAUUUCUCACUUUAAAAAAUACAUUUCUGCCUAUGGUUGCAAGAAUUAUGUAUGUCAGAAUUGUCAUACAUGUUUGUUUUUUAUUUCAGAAAAUAGCAUGCUUUGCAACUGUCUUCUUUGGCAAAUACUUUUUAUUUACAUUGUAAGCCAGGGAUAUUCUCUGGAUAUCUUCAUGCAUAUAUUAAAAUUGUAUUUUGAGUUAUUUAAAAUCCAUAUGUAGCCUGCUAUAUACUCUUACGCAAAUAAAACUGUGGCUGUUGUUAUACAGUGAACCAAGCCAGCAUAUCUUUUGAUCAGUUGGAUACAUUUAAUGUUUUCUCAUGUGCUGUUUUAAAAGAAGAAAUUAAAUACAUCUCCUUUUUUAUAA